AUGUUGUUGCAAAGUGUUGACAAAGGUAAUCAACUUUUAAAUGAAUUCUUAGUAUAAGGUAAAAGUUGCCAGUAUAUUUUUGGCAUGCUCAACAGUUAAUAGGAGAUUCAAUAAAAAAAUUUAUAAAAUUAGUUGGAACUCAGAUUCCGUGAGAGACUGCUUAAACUAUGGAGCAAUGAUGAAUACUAAUGCCAAACUAAAAAUUUAUCACUUACCUUGCUUUCUGUGUUUUAAAUAUAUUCGAUACAUUAAAAGCUUGAAAUUUAGAGAUGUCCCAUAUAGUUAAUACAACCAUCAAUUCUUUCCUCAUAUAACAUUCAAAACUUACUAAGUGAUGGCUAUAUAUUUGUAUUAUUGAAAUAAUAUCAUGCUGAGUAAAUAUUAAAUAUUUAGACAUUGCAAACACAUUAAGGUUUAGUAAAAUUUGUUACUUUCAUUUUUAAUAUGCUAGUAGUUUUACAAACUUUCAUUUUUGUUAACUAUUAGAAUUUUUACAUCUGCCAACGCAAUAAAGUCGAAAUUGCUAUAAUUGUAAUAAUGUCCAUAAGCACAUUUGUAGUAAUUCCCAAGAAAAGCUUUACUAUAAAAAAAAGUAUACAUUUGGUGUUUGCAUUACUAGUUUAUUGAAUUUUUUACAUUUAGCUCAAGCAAGUCAUUUGGAUUAGUAAAAUCUAAAAAAAUUCUAUAUAACAAGGAGUGCAUUUGUAGGCACAACUGCAAUUAGUACAACAAGCUGAAAACUAUUUACAUAAUACCCAUCACAAGCUAUUCAAUAGGUUAUUUAAUUGCUAUAUGCAUCACUCAAAUAAGUAAAACAGCCAAAAAGAUCAAUUAUGGUAGUUUUCAUUAAUACUGA